GCGUACAAAACGUCAACCGCGCGGAGCAAAUCGGUUCUCACGAGACGCACUCGCGCGUAAUUUAUUCGCAUUUAUCGAGCUUAAUUUGGUUUAACUAAAAGUUUGCACACGUAAAGUUACCACAAACCAUCAAAAUGCAGAUGAGCGUCCUGUCGCGGUUGUUCAGUUCCACACGCCUGUGGACCACCAACAUCCGCUCGCCCGGUUUAUGUUCUGGACUGAAGACCUCAGCCGCUGGUGGUGGAGAAACGGCGACCCUUCCCGUCAAGCCAAAACGUCCGGUGAAUGCCUACAUAAGAUUCCUCCAGAGCAUUCGGCCUGCGCUGAAGUCCAAAAAUCCGAAAGCAUCCCCCACGGAGAUCUCCAAGCUGGCAGCCGCCCAGUGGCAAGUGCUGGAUCUGGCCAACAAGAGCAAGCUCGAGGUGGAGUACAAGAAGGAUCAAGCUGUUUGGCUGCAACAGAACGCUAAAUAUCUGAGCCAGCUGACCGACGAGCAGAAGGAGGAAAUCCGCCAGUCCCAGGUAGAGAAAUCCGAAGAGAAGGCCAAACGCGAACACCGCAAGCGCGUCAAAGACCUGGGUAAACCCAAACGACCGUUGAACGGGUUCCUGCUGUACUGCCAGGACCAGAAGCCAAAGAACCUCACCCGGGACGAGAACCGAUCCCAGAUCAAGUCCCUCUCGGAGCAGUGGUCCAAGCUGAGCGAGACCCAGAAGGAACCGUACCAACGGCGAGCGGCCGAUGCCGUGGCCAAGUACCGCGAGGAAAUGCUCAAGUGGGAAGAGAAGAUGAUCGCCCAGGACAACAUGGACGUCGUUCGCCGGAAGAACGUGCUGAUUCCACCGCCAGCGAAGGACGCCGCUCCGCCGACCAAGUCCUCGAAGGCCGCCGCCGCAGCAAAGCCGCGUCCCCAAUAGGAACUCGGGUGUCCCUAUCCGGAGCACGAUACCGUCACCUCGACAGCUAAAUCAGAUCAGCCGUCUUCUGCCCGAAGCAGCGAGGCAGAAGUUGCAAAACCACCGGAUAGGGAUACGGGCGAACCAGUCAGCAGCAUUAGUAUUAAGACGAACGCAACACAACAACCGAAGGGGGAGGAAGCCGCGAUGGAACAGCAGCAGAAGGGUAUCGUUGGCAAGCUUAAGUCCAUGUUCAAAUUUUGACGGUGGUCUCGGUGGAUGGAUGGUGUGUUGCUUUUACUAGUGUGGUGGUUGUAUUUUUGAGGAAUUUUUGUUUGCAUUUUGCGCACGGAAACUGUCCUUCCAACGAAUUUUCAGUUAAAUUCGUUAAAAUGUUUGAUUCAAAUCGAAAAUACGAUCAUCUCUAUCUUAUACCUAACAUGUUUGCCAUUCAAAGUAGAAAUAUACCUAAUAAAACUAA